AGUCAGUUAACAUUGUUCAACAUUCCAUUCUGUUCUUUGUUUCAAAGAAAGCUCUGGUUUUGUUUCAUUUUCAGCUGGAGACUUAAAUGACACCAAGCAAAGCCUACUUAGUUUAGAUUUCCAGAAACUGAAUGGUGAAAAACCAGCAUGAAGUUUGCAAGUUUGUUUUUGUUUUUUCUGCUUAUCAUUUUGCAAACUGAUUUUGGACAAAAUGAUGAAAAUCCUGGGAAGCAAAGAAAGAAGUGUAACAGAAGACUGAAGAAAAUUUCUUCGCCUAUGCACAGAUCCAGUAGACAGCUUAGAAUACAGCAAAUAAUGAUGGUGACACCAGCAGCAAAACUUCCCAUGGAUAACUUGGAUUAUAGCGCAGAGAAGUUUGAAUCCUUUUUAAGUUUUCUUGGAGUAGAAUCACGCUAUAAUGUACUACCAGGAAAGAAGGGACACUGUUUGGUAAAUGGAAUGACCAUGUACAACAAAGCCGUAUGGUCUCCUGAGCUCUGCACUACCUGCCUCUGCUCAAAUGGAAGAGUGCUUUGUGAUAAAACCAUGUGCCAUCCUCAGAGGUGCCCCAAAACAAUUACACCUGAAGGAGAAUGCUGCCCAGUCUGCUCUGAUACCGAGCAAAGAGAAACUACUAACUUACUUCAUACGCAACGUCCACCACCUCGGGUGGAAAUGGAUCAAGCAUUGAGAAAAGAGGAACUUCAAUUUGAGGAGUCUAAUGAAGAAAUUAAAGAAAAUGAAGAUAGAAAGAAAAAGAUCCCUGGAACUGGAGAUGGGGAGAAACUUACCACUGAGAGGCAGAGCAGAGAAGGGGCAGAGCAGAGACUUGCAGAGGAGGGGAGGCAGACCCAUCAUCAUGGAAGCACAGCAAGACAGGAGGAGGAGGAGAAUGAAGAGGAGGACUACAAGGAUGAGUAUGAGACCAUCAGAGAUAUAUUCAGGAUUCCACCUCGACUCCCUGUCCCUGCUCCUCCCAGAAGCAUGCCACCUCUGCCAAGUGGGUGCUCUUUGUCCUACAGGACCAUCAGCUGCAACAGUGUUAACCUCACACAGAUACCACCACUAACAGCACCAGAGGUAACAAGUCUGGAGCUCCCUGGCAAUUCCAUCAUCUCCAUUCCAGAUGAAGCAUUUAAUGGAUUACCAAAUUUGGAAAGGCUUGAUUUGAGCAAAAAUAAUAUCACUUCUUCAGGCAUAGGUCCAAACGCACUCAAGCUUCUGAAGAAGUUAAUGUACUUAAAUAUGGAUGGAAACAAUUUAGCAGAGAUUCCUUCGGAACUACCAUCUACAUUAGAAGAACUUAAAAUCAAUGAGAACAAUCUUCGGGCUAUUGAUGAAGAAACUUUAUCAGAUUUAAAUCAAUUGGUCACCUUAGAACUGGAAGGAAACAAUCUCAGUGAAACCAAUGUCAAUCCUUUAGCUUUCAAACCUUUGAAGAGCCUAUCCUACCUACGUCUGGGAAGAAAUAAAUUUAGAAUUAUACCACAGGGUCUUCCUACUUCUCUUGAGGAAUUAUACCUAGAAAAUAACCAAAUUGAAGAAAUAACUGAAAUUUGUUUCAAUCAUACCAGAAAUAUCAAUGUCAUUGUACUAUGUUAUAAUAAAAUUGAAGAAAAUAGGAUUGCUCCUUUGGCGUGGAUAAACCAAGAAAAUCUAGAAUCAAUUGACCUUUCCUACAACAAGCUCUACCAGGUCCCCUCCUACCUCCCCAAGUCUCUGCUGCACCUCGUGCUCUUGGGAAACAAGAUUGAGCGCAUCCCUGGCUACGUGUUUGGCCACAUGCAGCCAGGCCUAGAAUACCUGUACCUAUCAUUCAACAAACUCUCUGAUGAUGGCGUGGACCGAGUCUCCUUCUACGGGGUUUAUCAUUCUCUGAGAGAGCUGUUUCUGGAUUACAAUGACUUAAAAUCGAUACCACCAGGGGUUCAGGAAAUGAAAGCACUACAUUUCUUGAGGUUGAACAACAACAAGAUACGGAAUAUUCUUCCAGAACAAAUUUGCAGUACUGAAGAAGACGAUGAUUCAACACUGGAAUAUCUUCAUCUUGAAAACAAUUAUAUUAAAACAGGAGAAAUAUCACCCUAUGCAUUUUCAUGCAUAAGAUCAUAUUCAAGUAUCAUUCUUAAACCACAGAAUAUCAACUAAUCCUAUAUUUUCCUUUGUCAUUUAUAAACUGUAUUUAUAUAUUUGUUGUAGUAUUUAUCAUCAAUGAGAGAGAUAUCAUGUCAUGUUAUACUCAGUAUCAUUAUGCCAGUCUACCUGAUUAAUUAAUCUAGAGAUGAACAACCAAAAAUAUAUCUACAAAGUUUAAUCUUCUAGCAUUUUUAGCUAAGUUUUCAGUUUCAUACUCCAGAAAGAAGCCAUUUCAUUGCAAAGUUUUUCAGUUGGGAAUAAGAUGUUAUAUACUGUUGAGUGUGAGUGAAGGAAUCUGGAGCAAAAUAAGCAUGUCCUUUACAAUUAACCUGUGAGUAUUGUUGGGAACCCCUUAAGUACAUUUAAAAAUUAUGUAUGCUCUGGUUCCAGACCAAGGAAUGAAUGGGAGAAAAAAAUUAUACAAAAAAUUCAUGAAUGGGUGUUGUUUAUUAUUCUAAAGUUAAAACAAUAAUUUAUUAAUUUUCUUUAAGAGCAUAUGCUAUCAUUAUUGGUAUAAAUAUACAUAAAUAUUGAGUUAGCUUUAGUUCCUCCUAUUAAUUACAUGUGUGAAAUUAAAAUACUAUUGUAAUGUUAAUUUCCUGGUUUUGAGAAUUGUAUUAUGGGGUAUUUAUGAGAUUUUUAAUACAGGGGAAGCUGGGAGAAGGGUUCAUGUCAGUUCUAUACUAUUUUAAAAAUUUUCUGUAAGUAUAAAAGGAGUAGCAGUAUAUUUAGAUCACCCUUAUUAUUCUUUAUUCAAGAUCUAAAUGUUUUAUGGAAAGCAGUGGAGUUUGCUUAAAGGAAGUUAAUUAUCCUUAACUAUACAUGAGCAAAUGUAAACCUAUUAUUGCAUGAGUUUUUGAAAAUUUUUGCUCCAUUGGUCAUUUUAGCACCUAUCUUCUUUGCCCUAGUUUGCUCAAGUGUAUAUAUUCUUUUACUCAGCUCAAUAAAGCUAUUAAUAUUUACUACAUUUUGGAUACUACCACAACUAUAUAUUAGAAUUUUCAUUACAUAAUGUUAUUUUAUCUGUAUUUCUAAAGUAAUUUAUAAUAGACACAUAGAGAAAUUUUGUUGACUUCUCUUGUUACUAUCAGUUUUGUGUCUUGAAAAACACCAGACUAAGAAAUUAAGUCCCACUCUGGGGCUUAAGGCACCAAACUGCCCAACUUAAGACAUUGUUGGGAAGGUUAUGCUAAUCUUUUGAACUUCAGUUAUUUAAUCUUUUUAUAGUUCACUCACCAUCCUUAGAACCUUCCAGCCUUACUUCACAGGGGUGUUAUGAGAACCACAGAAUGAAAAGCAUCUGGGAAAUGUAGUAUACAUGAGUGUACUUAUUACUAUCAACUUUUCAUGUAAAAUUGAGAGCAACCAGCUCUCAAAUUUGAUUAUUAUGGAUAAGACUAUUUCAAAAAGCACUAAAGACAUGUGUAGCCUGGAAUGAUAAGGAAACAAUUACACCAGGAAUCAGAUACCUGAGUGCCCAUCUUGGUCAACCUAGUCAACUUGUGAAAAUUUAAUUUACCCAUUUGAGCAGGUCAUUUCUAAGCCUUUCUUUCUAAGCCCUCUUUCUUAAUAUCUAGGAUUUUGAAAUUACAACAUAAAGAAGAAAAAUAAUACAAGGAAGACUGUUAGAAUCAAGAAUCAAAGCUUAAACCAGAUGGCUAAAAACAGAAAAAGAAUCUUAUGGAAAAGUUGAGGUUUAUAACAAUUUUCAGAAUGUAGGAGCAUCAACUAACUUAAAUUGGCCAAACUGUAUAUAAAAGGUAAAAAUAAGAUAUGGUUAUCCAUUCAUUUAACAAGAAACUUUGUAUAGUGUUUCUUGGUGUAUGAAUAUAAAUACAUAAACCUAAAUGAUUUAAAACAGUGAUUUUUAACUGGUCUGCUGCAAGAAUUUUUAAAACAUGCAAUAAC